CUCCCCCCGCCCAGUGCUCCCAGUCCUCCCAGUCCGGAUGCUGGCGGCCUCCAUCCAGGUCAGCGGGGAGCCGCUGUCGGCGGUCGAGGUUCAGGAUAUCUGCGACCGGCUGAGGGAGGACGGGGUCCGGCUGCUCUCGGUCCGCGGCUGCCGGCUGUCGGACCGGGACUUCGGGCGGCUCUGCCGCGGCGUGGCCGCCUCGCGCUGCCUGGCGCAGCUCAACCUCAACCUGGGCGUGGUCUCCAGCAUCGGCCGCGCGCGCCACCUGGCGGACGCCUUGGCGGCCAACCGCUCCCUGCAGACGCUGUUCCUCCACGGCAGCCCCCUGCUGGACGCCGGCCUGGAGGCCCUGAACCCGGCGCUGGCCGCCCACCCGGCGCUGGUCUGCCUGGACCUGGGCGACUGCCUGCUGGGGGACGCGGCGCUGGCGCUGAUCUGCGGGAUGCUGCCGCCGGACGGAGCCAAAUCAGGUCUCAGGGAGCUGACUCUCAGCGCCAACCCGCGGAUCAGCACCAAGGCCUGGGCCCGGUUCUCGGUGGCGGUGGCUCACAGCUCCCAGCUCCGGGUCCUCAACCUGGACUACAACCCACUGGGGGACCAGAUUGCGGCCAUGCUAGCGGUUGCCGUGGCGUCCAGUAGAACCCUGGAGGUUCUGGACCUGGAGGGAACCGGACUGACCAACCAGUCGGCGCAGGUGUUCCUGGACAUGGUGGAGAAUUACCCCACCUGCCUUCGGGUUCUGGUUCUGGCCGAGAACGAAGUGAGUCCGGAGCUGCAGCAGCAGAUCAGCGACCUGCUGUCUGAAGGGGAGGAGGACGGCCGGGAGGCUCCGCCCCCAGCAGGCCACGCCCCCAGCAGUGCCCUGCAGCCAAUCAGAGAGAAGCCCCUCCCCUGGCUCCCCCACAGCAACUCCAGUCCGCCCACGGUCGUGCUGACGUCAGGAGUAGGCGAGAGCCUAUUGGCUGAAACUGAAAUAUGACCACGCCCACUUCCUGCCAGAGCGUUGUCACUUCCUGGACUGAAUGUUUGUCUGCUCCGACCUGAUUGGUGGGUCUAGGGAGGGGGCGGGGCUUGUUGACAGGUGUUGCUUUGUUCUGCUGUGAUGAUGUCACAAUAAAAACAGUUUACAGCUCGGUAA